GGAACGGACUGCACUGCGUAACUGUUCAAGGAGUCUAUAGGCUAGAGUUGGGACAAAGACUGCAAGGAGAGGAACAGUCUUACAUACUUAUCAGCUGGACAGCAUGCCUCUCAACGCGGAUGGUGACGUGGGCUACGGCAGCGUGAGUGCUGGGCCGGGGACGGUAGGCCUACCAGGGCUGGCGGGCAACAUGGGUGGCACGGAGACGGUCCCCUUGCUCAUGCCGGAGCCGGAGCCGGAGCCCGAACCGUACAGGUGGAAACCCCUAAGCAAGGAGGAGUUGGAGAUUACCGCGGGCAGUCCGGGUUGGAAGAAAUUCCGCUCCCGCCUGGUGAUCCUGUUCUGGCUCACCUGGCUGGCCAUGCUCGGUGCCUCCAUCGCCAUCAUCGUGCAGAGCCCUCGCCCGGUGGCUCCCAAGCUGCGCUGGUGGCAGAAGGUGGUCUUCUACCGGCUGCAGCCGGCAUUACUCAUGGACUCCGAGGGCGGCGCUGUCGGCGGAUUUGAGGUGAUGCGUGAGCGGCUCCCGUAUCUGAAGUCGGUGGGGGUUGGAGCGCUGAUUCUGGAGGGGGUUUUCCCCAAGAGCAUCUCCCCCUCCAACCUGACUGAGCUCAGUCACAACAUCGGCACCAUGCCCCAGUUCCAGCAGCUGCUCAAGGAGGGACACCAUGCAGGUAUGAAGUUCCUAUUGGACCUGUGUGAUGUGGAGGUACUUGAACAGGAACCAGCAAACACAUCGGAGGGCCUUUCUGACUCCUCAGGAUACGUACAGUACUCUUUGAAGUUUUGGCUGGAGCAGGGUGUCUCCGGUUUAGCAAUAUGCGAUACAGAUGCUGCCUACUCGGAGAAGACUCUGAUGGAGUGGAAGGCCUUGCUGCAGCAGUUCAGUGAGCAAGACAACGAACGAGUUCUGGUGGUGAUGGAAACGAUGGACAGCUUUGUGGCGUCGAACGUGUCCAGUGGGGGGGUGAACGCGUCGCUGGUGGAGCUGACGACCAGGCCACUGCUGCCCCCCUCCGCCCACCCCCUCUCAGCCGCCGAGGUGGCCAGCGUGGUGGAGGAGGGCCUGCAGACCCCCCGGACAGAGUGGCCCAGCUGGACGGUGGGAGGGCCUGUGUCUCCAGAGCUGCAGAGGAUCUCCAUGGUGCUGUUGAUGACCCUGCCAGGAACCCCGGUGGUCAGUGAUGGUGAGGAGGUCACCCCAGCAGAGAACGCCACAGUGAAUGCCAUUGGAGAUGAGAUUUUCAUACAGGAUGAAGGGAAGAAAUGGCGUUCCGCGAUUGGUCUGUUCCAGUCCCUGAGUGAAAUGCGCGCUCGGGAGGAGGCUCUCCUGUUCGGCAGCUUCACCUUCCUCUCCUUCAACGCCUCCACCUCUACCUCGCCCACGCCCCCGCUGGCCUUCCUGCGCUCGUGGGGCUGCGUCCACUUCCUGGUUCUGCUCAACCUGGGCACCGAGCCCCACGCGCUUUCUCCUGAUUGGGCACCCAGCCUGCCCGAGGGCGGGGUGUUUGUCACCAGCACCGGAAUGGACCGCUUGGGCGCCGUCUCCCUGGAGACGCUGAGCUUGCGGCCUCAUGAGGCCAUUGUGAUUAAACUGUUUGAGGGCGGGAGCUACUCCUAAAAGCCUGCCCUGUGAUUGGUGGAGACGAGGCACAAGAUUUAUUUAAAAUACAAUUAUUGGACACAUGGGGUGGGGAAAUGCAUUGAAGAGAUUCUAAAGUGAAAUAAAGUGUGAUUGCACUGG